AUGCUUGAAGAUGGAAGUUCGUGUGCUGCGGACGUUGAUGCUGGGCUGAGGUUGACCAAACCCAUUUCGGGUUUGAAUAACGACAGUAACGGUCAAUCAAAUUGCGUGAAUUCUCGUCGCGGUCUUGCAAACCGGGAAGAAACCUGGAAAACUCCAACCGUUUCUGCAAGACAUAAGAUCUUUACCCGCACAAAGCUCUUGGGUCAGAUUAUUUGUGAUAUUUUGGUAUUGAGGCGCAUUAGCAAAGAAGGCAAUGCGUAUGCAGUUCAGCUGUGA